AUGGCGCCUGUGUCCUCCGCCGGAGAAGCUGUGGCGAGAGUCGCCUACCUCGCUAGCGACGUCGUUCUCUCCGUCCAGCCCUCUCUCCAGGCCGACUCCUACUUCUCCGAGUCUCUCAAGACUCUGAAGGCUGGAAAUGCCCGUAACAUCCUUCCCAAGGGUGUUCCAGAUGUCGUCGCUGUGCGACACAAUGAGGACCCUCUGCUCUCCGCUUUCUACCCCCUCCAGACUGGAAAUGUCGUCUCCGCCGUCACCGCCUCGUCCAUCCUUUUGUCGUCCGUUCCUCACCUCUACCGUCUGGCGAGCUACCCCGUCGUUCUCCACGUCGCUCUGGAGCCCUACCCUUUCCCAGAUUACUCCGUGAUCAGCUCGAUACGGCAAUGCGGCUUCACGUUCUUGCACUCCGAGACCAUCCAGGAGGCCCAAGAUAUUGCGAUGACGGCCCAUGCGUUGGCCCGCAAGUCUGGAAAGGGUGUCAUUCACUUCUUUGAUCCCGCCAACUCGGCUCGCGAUGAGCCCAUUGCGGAGGAAGAUGUGAAUAUUCUGAGAAAUCUGAUGGACCUGAGCGGUGUCCAUGCUACCCACACCCCGGGAUCGGGCGUCCAGACCCUCUACACCGACUCGGGACGAGUUGCCACCGUUUCCGAGGAGGGUGUGCAGAGAACCUCCAGACCCGAGGGCUCGGCGACCCCGGCUCAGCCUUCUCAGACUCCCUCCAGUGUCAGCGUGGACAACUCGUCCGUUGGCUCCUCGCGCAGAGAUAGCAGCACUGACAGCCGGGCUACGAGCUCCGCGGCCACGACCGUGGACACUGCCUCCGCUGUCCGCCCCGUCAGUGCCGCUGACAUCUUCGACUGGACUGCUCAGAUCUGGCAGGCUCUGUCUGAAUCCACUGGCCGCAACUAUCGCGCCAUCGAGUACACCGGUCCUACGGAUGCAAAGUCGGCCAUCUUCGUCUUUGGCUCGACUGGGCUUUUUGUCGACGUUCUCGCGCGCGAAGAUACCCCCGCCGAGUUGAAAAACAUCGGACUAGUCACUGCGCGUCUGUACCGCCCCUGGGUGGGCAGCCGUCUGGUGAACUCUAUCCCCAGCUCGGUCGAGAAGAUUGCCGUCGUGGAGCAGGUCCGCAAGACCACUAAAUGGGGUCCCUCGUUCAUGGAUAUUUUGUCCAGCCUGACCCCGGCGACGGCGGGUGCCCGCAGCCCCCAGAUUGUCGGCUACCGUUUGGGAUAUGUCGAGCCCUCCACGGCUGUCCAGGCCCUGCGUGGCAUUUUCCAGAACCUGGACUCCCCCACUCCCAUCCAGAACCUCGAGGUUGGAACCUCCAAGGUCCCGGCUCUUCAAACUGCCCUCGAGCAGCCUGCUCUGGAGAAUGCCUACCUGAAGAUUCUGAACCAGCUUUUCGGUGAGCGCCUGUACAUUGCAAACCAGCUGGGCUCCAAGAACGCCGGCAUCUCCUCCACCAUUGCCGCCAGUCCCGAAUACGGAUUUGGUUCCUUGAUUGCCCGCAUGGAACACCGUGCGCGCUUCGUCCGUGAGGUUGAGGAUGCUUCCAAAUCUAGCAGCUUUGCCACCGAGGUCCCCAAGAACUGGCUGUCCAAGUGGGCUCUGAGUGUCGGAGAUGCCGCCAAGGCGAACAAGCUGGCUCCGGAUGUCAUUGCCCGUCUCUCGAACGACGGCUCUUCGUUGUCCAAGCAGCUGUUGGCGUCGAAGAAGCUCUUCUACGAUGAGACCCACUGGCUGGUGGGAUCUGAUGCCUGGGCCUACGAUCUUGGAAAUUCGGGUGUCCACCACGUCCUUGCUUCCGGUGCCAACGUGAACAUGCUUGUCAUCGACUCCCAGCCUUACUCUGAGCGCACUGCUGCCGACCCGACUCGCAGAAAGAAGGACAUUGGUCUGUACGCUAUGAACUUUGGCAAUGCUUAUGUUGCUUCCGUGGCGGUCUACGGUUCCUAUACUCAGGUCCUCCAGGCCAUGGCCGAGGCUGAGCAGUUCAAGGGUCCUUCCGUUGUUGUCGCCUAUCUGCCAUACAACCAGGAGAACGAUUCCCCUCUGACGGUCCUCCAGGAAACCAAGAAGGCCGUUGAUCUUGGUUACUGGCCUCUGUACCGCUGGAACCCCGCCAACGAGGAGAAGGGCGAGCCCAAGUUCUCUUUGGAUUCCGACCGUAUCAAGCGCGAGCUCGAGGAGUUCCUCCGCCGCGACAACCAGCUUACCCAGCUGAUGAACCGGCACCCCAACUUCUCCGCCGCCCUCUCUGAGUCGUAUGGCACUGAGGUCCGCGCGCUGCAGAAGCGCAAGGCCAAGGACUCGUAUGAGAAGCUCCUUGAGGGUCUUUUCGGUGCCCCUCUGACCAUCCUAUUUGCCUCCGACAACGGUAACGCCCAAAACAUCGCUAAGCGCCUGGGUAACCGCGGUCGUGCUCGCGGCUUGAAGACCAUGGUCAUGGCCAUGGAUGACUAUCCGGCCGAGGACCUGCCCACUGAGGAGAACGUGGUCUUCAUCACCAGUACUGCCGGUCAGGGUGAAUUCCCCCAGAACGGCCGUGCUCUGUGGGAAGUCGUGAAGAACUCCGGUGACCUGGAUCUGUCGACGAUCAACUACUCUGUCUUCGGUCUUGGAGACAGCCACUACUGGCCUCGCAAGGAGGACAGGAUCUACUACAACAAGCCCGCCAAGGACCUCGAUGCCCGGAUUGCCUUCCUGGGUGGUCGUAAGCUGACCGACAUUGGUCUGGGUGAUGACCAGGAUCCCGAUGCGUACCAGACCGGCUACUCCGAGUGGGAGCCCCGUCUCUGGCAGGCCCUGGGCGUGGACAAGGUUGAGGGACUUCCCGAGGAACCCGCUCCCUUGACCAACGAGGACAUCAAGAUCCAGUCCAACUACCUGCGUGGUACCAUCGCCGAGGGCUUGCUUGACGAGUCCACGGGCGCCAUCUCCGCCAGCGACCAGCAGUUGACCAAGUUCCACGGUACCUACAUGCAGGAUGAUCGUGACGUCCGUGACGAGCGCAAGGCCCAGGGUCUCGAGCCCGCCUACAGCUUCAUGAUUCGUUGCCGUCUGCCCGGUGGUGUUGCCACUCCGUCCCAGUGGCUCCAGAUGGACGAUAUCAGUAGCGCCUUUGGUAACGAGACCAUGAAGCUCACGACGCGUCAGACCUUCCAGUUCCACGGUGUCAUCAAGCGCAACCUGCGCGGUGCCAUGCGUGCGAUCAACAAGGCUCUCAUGACGACCAUUGCCGCCUGCGGUGAUGUCAACCGUAACGUCAUGUGCAGUUCUCUGCCCGAGCUGUCGUACUUCCACCGCGAGACGCACGCCGUUGCCCAGAAGAUCAGCGACCACCUGCUCCCUUCGACCACGGCUUACCACGAGAUCUGGCUGAAGGACGAUGACGACAACAAGGUGCAGGUUGCUGGCGACGCUGUUGUCGACCACGAGCCCCUCUACGGCCCUACCUAUCUUCCUCGCAAGUUCAAGAUCACCAUCGCCAUUCCCCCGCACAACGACACCGAUGUGUACGCCCACGACAUCGGUCUGAUCGCCAUCAAGGGCGCGGACGGUCACCUGGAGGGCUUCAACGUCCUUGCUGGUGGUGGUAUGGGGUCCACCCACAACAACAAAAAGACCUACCCCCAGACCGGUCGUAUGUUUGGUUACGUCCCCGCGGACCAGGCGCACAUUGUUUGCGAGAAGAUCAUGCUCAUCCAGCGUGACUUUGGUGACCGCAAGAACCGCAAGCACGCGCGUCUGAAGUACACCAUUGACGACAUGGGCGUCGAGGCCUACAAGGAGAAGGUUGAGGCGCUGCUGCCGGAGGGACUGCGGUUUGCCGAGCCUCGUCCCUUCAAGUUCGCCUCCAAUGUCGACACCUUCGGCUGGCAGAAGGACGAGAAGGGCCUCAACCACUUCACCUUCUUCAUCGAGAACGGUCGUAUCGAGGACACUGCCGACUUCCAGAUGCGUACCGGUCUGCGCGAACUGGCGCGGCUCAACAAGGGCGAGUUCCGUCUCACCGGUAACCAGCACCUGAUCCUGUCCAACGUGACCGACGAGGACCUGGGCCCCAUCCAGGAGCUGAUGGCCAAGUACAAGCUGGACAACACCAACUUCAGCGGCAUGCGUCUGUCGUCCUCGGCUUGUGUGGCAUUCCCCACCUGCGGUCUGGCCAUGGCCGAGUCCGAGCGCUAUCUGCCCGUGCUGAUCUCUAAGCUCGAGUCUACCCUUGAGGAGGUCGGUCUGGCGCAGGACAGCAUCGUCAUGCGUAUGACUGGUUGCCCCAACGGUUGUGCUCGUCCCUGGCUGGCCGAGGCGGCCUUUGUUGGCAAGGCCUACGGCGCGUACAACAUGUACCUGGGCGGUGGCUACCACGGCCAGCGUCUGAACAAGCUGUACCGUUCGUCGAUCAAGGAGGACGAGAUCCUCGAUAUCAUGAAGGGACUGCUGAAGCGGUACGCUGCGGAGCGUCACACCGACGGGCCGGAGCCGGAGCGCUUUGGCGACUGGUGUAUCCGUGCGGGCGUCAUCAAGGAGACGACCGAUGGACGCAACUUCCACGAGGGCGUUGCUGAAGAGGACGAAGACGAGGAGUAA